UGCUAACAUAAAAGGUCUUGCUAACCCAACAGUCUUAACGGUUUUCUCUAGGAGCGCAAUAUAAAAAGCACAACUCAUUAAUGAUAUUAAUGACUAUAACUUUGCUGUGACGUCUUUGUGUGGUUUAUUUAAAAGAAACGACAUAAGCCAUGUCUUUAAAUCAGUGCUACCCGUACAUAAUAUAGAUGGAGGAUUCAUCAUGUCCUACGGUGCCUUCACGGAGCAACACCGACAUGUAUAAACUGAAUAAGGAGUUGGAGAGAGUGAUUGAGGAUGUUGAGGACAUAUCAGUGCAGCUGACCUGGAUGGCUUAUGACAUGGUGACGCUGCGGACCGGUUUCGAGGGGGAAGCGUGUAUGCGGGAGCUGCAGGAGGCGUACAGCAGAUGCAGGGCGGCUGUCUUUGGGGAGGCUGUACCGCAGCCGCAGAUGGAAGCUGGUGCUGAGAAAGCUGACUCAUCACAAAGUCAAACUGUAGAUUAAGUCUAUUAAAUUAUACUCUGAUUUAUUGCUCCCA